AUGUUGAUGAAAUUUAUGGAAGCUUCAGAAAAAAGGCAUGAUGCUACUGACACUGCAAUGGAAGAACAAAGAACUAUAAUGAAGAAUCAUCAUGCAAUGAUGAUAGAUCAACAGGUGAUUUCUGAGUUCCUAGAAGCCUUAGAUGUGGAGCCACAGCAGCCCGAUCCAAAGCCAAAGAAGCCGAAGCUCGAAACCGAAGAAUCUGCCGGAAUACCCAGUUCACGUCGUGGGCUCGGUCUGAACAGAAGAAAUUUAGCUAAUCUCAGUCCACUGGAGAGAAAACAUCUAGAAUUUAUCAAGCAAUUGAAGGGUAUUCCUAUUAAUACUCCUUUUAUUGAUUCACUUGCAAAAGUUCCAGAAUAUGCUAAGUUCCUACAAGACUUGUUAGACACGCAUCAGCAAUUAAAGAAGAAUUCUAAGGUGAUUCUAAGUGAGCAAAGCUCAAAAGCUGUGUUGGGAGAGAUACCUACGAAGAUGGGGGAUCCUAGACGACUCACUCUCCCAUGUGAGUUUGGGAAUAAUAUGAAGGUUUAUGAUUUAGCCGAUUCUGGGGCUAGCAUAAAUAUGAUGCCUUAUUCGUUUUAUAAAAAAUUGAAUAUUCAGAAGUUGAAGGCAACAAAGAUGACUAUUCACAUGGCAAACUGUUCAGUGACACAGCCCCAGGGCAUUGCGGAAGAUAUUCUCGUGAAAAUUGGGAAAUUCGUUUUUCUAAUAGACUUCGUGGUUUUGGAUAUGAAAGAAGAUCCCAAUGUUCCAAUUAUUCUUGGUCGCCCAUUAUUUAACACUGCUGGAGGUCUGGUUGAUAUACAAGAUGGUUUCCAAGGGAGUGAUGCUCAAGAAGAGGUUUUCAACAUUGAUGAAAAAAAUGAACUUGAAGAAUUAGAGAAGAUCAUGGAAGUAGAAAUCAAAACAAUUCAACAAGUUAAAAGAACAAAACCGAGAGCAUCUGUUCCAUUUUUAGUUGAAGACAUUGCCUACAUGAAUCCAAUUUCUUGGGUAAGCAAGGAAGAUGAUGAGAUGUCGAGCGAUGAAGAGGAGGUUACUUUAAAAGUAACAAGUCUAGUGGUGAAAGAAGAGAAGGAUACUAUGGAGCUUAAAGAUGAUAAAAAAUUGAAGAUUCAAGGGAUCAAACGCAAGCUCGACGGAAACGAAGUCAAAGCUAAAAAGGAGACUUCAAAAAAGUUUUAG